GCAGAAUAAUGCUGUAUAGAAUUAACCUGCAGUGAAAACGUCUGAAGCUUUUCUACAAUGGCAGAUAUUAUUCCAGAUAUUAGACGUCUAGGUUCAGAUGGCCAAAGAAGAAUCUAAGAAUGAAUGAUAUCUCGAAUGUUUCAUCAAUUCUGGAUCUACAAGGUUAUGAUUUGCCUCCAGGAACCGUCAUCCCUGCUUUUAUAUUUGCAACUUUAGGAUAUAUUUUCAUUGUUUUCUGCAACCUUCUGCUUUUGUCUACUAUCCUACUGAAUAAGAGCCUUCAUGAGCCGAUGCAUAUUUUACUGUUAAAUCUGCCUAUUAAUGACCUUAUCGGUUCUACAGCUCUGUUUCCACACAUUAUCAAGGAACUUCUAUGGGAUACCAGAACCAUCCCCUUUUCAACAUGUGUAACUCAAGCUUUCUUUAUUCAUAUUUACAUAACCGGUGCUGUUUUUAUUUUAACUGCUAUGGCGUAUGACAGAUAUGUGGCUAUAUGUCGACCUAUGAGAUAUAAUACAAUUAUGAAUAAUUCACAUCUAAUGAAAAUCAUCUCUUAUUUCUGGGUCACUAAUAUUCUAAUGAUAGCCGUUCUCUUUAUACUUUUACUGCGUUUACCGCGGUGCAGAUCACUACUGACUCACACUUACUGCGAUCACCCCUCACUACUCCAGCUGAUCUGUGUAAACACCACCAUUAAUAACAUCUACGGACUGAUGACUGUAGCAGUGUGUCAGACCUUAAGUGUGAGUUUAAUCCUCUUUACUUAUAUACAGAUCCUUAUAGCUUGUUUCAGAAAUAAAAGAUCAGACACACGAAGCAAAGCUCUCCAAACCUGCGCCACACACUUAAUAGUCUUCAUCACUUUUGAGUGUUUGGGCCUUUUCACCAUCAUUUCCUACAGACUGACGGAUAUUUCUCCUCAUUUCAGAAGAUUCUGCGGCGUAAUCGCUAUGAUCGUACCUCCAACAUUAAACCCUCUGGUUUACGGCUUAAAAACGAAAGAAAUCAGAAUUAAAGCUUUCAAAUUCCUCCAAGAAAAGAUUAAUCCAUUAAAUAAAAUAAAUGUUCUGUUCCUUUAAAAAAUAAAAUAAAUGCCUGGAACUGUAAUGUGUGAAAAUAAAAGGCAGGCAGGGUUUUUUUUCUGUCUAUGAGAAAAGAAAUGUCUCCAUCUUCUGGGCAUUAGACUCUCACAUCUUUAUGUUUUAUAUUUAUUUAUAUUAUUUUUUUUUUUAUAAAUUUUUCAUUUUUAUAAUAUAUUUAUAUUAAAAUAAAAAACGAUGUACGUAUAUAUGUGGUGCUGUGUUAUGCAUUGUUUUAAAAAUGUUUUAUUUUUAUUAUUAUUAUUUAUUUGAUCAGAUUUUGUUUUUUAUUUAUUGACUUUUUAUUUUUUUACGUUAUUUAUUUAUUCAUUUAUGUUUAUUUUUUAGAAAUUUUUGAAUUUUUGAAUAUUCCUAAAUAUUCCUGUAUUUUUUUUUUAAUUGUUGGUCGACAUGCGCUAUCUUUUAACCAUGCUUUAUAUAUGCAUAAAGUUGUAUUGAGAUGUACUGUUGUGUAAUUAAAGGUGUAAUACUAUGAAAUAAUAUUCAAAAUCCAGUAUAUUUAUGAGUACGCCCAUUCCUAUUCCCAAGACUCAAUGUUAUGGCAAAACAUAAAAAAAAAAAAAUAAAUAAAUAAAAUCAAUAUGUAACUAAUAAUAGAUAAAAAAAGACACUCAAAAAAAGGAUUUAAAAAAAAAGUUU